UUCUUUCUCAUUUUACAUUCAGUCGGAGACAUUAAUUGGCUAAGUGCAGAUCGUCGUCGAUCACCAUUCCGAGAGGAGAAACGGAGAGUGUGAAGUGAAGGCACAGGGACGGUGGCACGUAAAAGAAAGUGAAGUGUACUGACUGACUGAUAGUGUGUAGGAACUGAAAAAACUCGUUAAUUAGUGAAUUAUUUGUGCCAAAACACGAGUCGUAGGUUCUAAAAUCUUCGGCUGAGUGAUCGAUCUAUAAAUACGGAGAUGAAGGUCUUGCUAAUUUGUGCGUUGGCCUGUGUGGCCUUUAGUGGAGCUUGGGGCGCUUCGCUAACUCGAGUGGCACGGGAAGAUGUGGUGCCGGUUGCGGACGAAAUUGUGCCACAGGAGGAAGUAGUUGCAUCGGAAUUGCGUAAGGAUGAAAUUCCUGUUGCUGUUGAGGAGGAAGAACCGAAGGUGGUAGCUGAAGAGACUGUUGUUCCUGUGGAGAAUCAGCGAUUGGUAGCCGAAGUUGUCGAAGCUGCUGAGCCUGUCGCGGUAGUUUCCGAUGACAAGGUUGUCGCAGUUGAGGAGCCAGUGGCCAUUGUUGAGCAGGAAGUGGUCGAAUCCUUGCGAAACGCUGAUGUGGUGGCAAUCGAGGAACCUGUUGCCGUCGUUAAGGAUUCGGAAGUCGUGCUGGAGCCUGUUGUGGAAGACAAGGAAGUCGCACCAGUUCAGUCACUACGAAACGUUGAACCAGUCAUUCCGCAUAUUCUUGAACCCGUUGCAGAUGCUACUAAUCAGGUGAACAACCUGGAAGAAAGCGAGAAGGUUCCCGAAGUCGAAAACGUAGGUUCUGUUCGCAGUGCUCUUCCAGUUGUUGAAGAAGAAAAACCCGCUGUCGAAGCUGUCGUCGAGGUCGAGAAACCUGUCGAAGAGAUCAAGGAAGAGGCCGUCGUUCCUGCUGUGAGGACUGUCGCUGAGGUUAUUUUGGACAAGGCUGAGGAAAAGGCUCCAGAAGUCGCUCAAGAUGAAGUUGCCGUCAAGGAAGCCGAGGUUGUGCCAGUUGAUUCUCUGAAGAGCGUUGAACCAAUUGCUGCCGUUGAAGAGCCUGUUGCUGUCGUUGUUGAAGAUAAUGCCCAAGAGAGUCUACGUAACACCCCAGUCAAUGAAGCCGUCGUUGAACCAGUUGCCGAUGUCGUUGCUGAGCCUGCUAAAGUAGUUGAAGCUGUCCAAGAUGAGGAAGAGGCACCAAAGGAAGCUGUGCGAGCAGCUGUUCCAGAAGCGAUCGAGGAACCAGCCGUGGUUGCCGAAAAAGAACCUGUUGUGGAGAAGGUUGAAGAACCAGUGGCCGCCACCGUUGCCGAUGAGCCGUCUGCCCCAGUUCCACAAGAAGCUGAAAAGGUUCCAGUGCCAGAAAUUGCUGCCGAAGAGAAAGUUAUUGAAGCCGUAAACUCCCUGCGAUCGGCAUUGCCAGUUGCUGAAGUUGAUGAGCCCAAGGUUGUUGUCACUGAAGAAAAGGUAGAACACACUCCAGCCGCUGAAAACGAAGCUGUCCCUGCUGUGAAAGCUGCUGUUGAAGAAGAGAAAGAAAAGGAGGAAACCGUCGAAAAAGUUGAAACACCAGCUGAGGAAGCUGUUGCUGUGAAGUCUGCUCCAGUUGUCGAAGAAGUUGUCCCGGUACAGGAUACUGAUAAGGAAGGUUCCGAUGAUGUUCGUGCCGCUGGUGCCAAACAGGAUGCCACAACCGCUGCCCCUGGAAUCAUCCAGGGACUGCUUCAGCAAGGCACUCAGAUCAUCCAAAACAGUCCACUUGGUCAACUCAUCAACCGAGGCUCAUCUCCUGCCCCUCCAAGUGAUGCCGCUCAAGAUGAAGCUGCCACAACGACAACUGCUGCUCCAGGACCUCUGGCACAAAUCGGCCAAAAUAUUCAACAAUCUAUCCAAAACUUCCUCAACCCAAAUGCUGCCAACGCCAACGCUGAACCAACUACCCAGCGACCAGGAAUCGUCGAAACUUUCAACAAUGCCAUCGGAUCGAUUCUGAACCGACCAGCCUCCAACUCUGAGCAACCGGCCCAGCAACAGCAAGGACCAAUCGCAUCCCUGGUGCAAUCAGCCCAGAACUUCUUCCGGCCGACUUCCCCCGCUGCCCCAACGCAAGCACCCGAGGCUUCCGCUCCUGUCGCCGAAGAAGAAUCCGCUCCUGCUGCCGAUGUGUCGGAAAACCAAACCGCCUAGAUCACUAAUUAGACCUCUAGUUUUAGGACGCCAUACAACUCAGAACACUCACGCACUUUCAUGCCUACACAUAGCCAGAGAAAACUUGAAAUUCCUUUCUUAUUUUAAGGAAUCUUAUGGUUUCACAUGGAAACUCAUCCAGUCAGACAUUUCGUUUUUAGCGACAAGAAAUUUCUUUUGAGAUAGAUUCUUCCAAUCACCUAUUUUCAAUAAACCCACGAUUUCUUCGCUAGGUUUUUGGUUUAGUUCUCGGUGCAUUUAACUAUCGAAACAAAUAAAACGCGAAAGUUUACCUCAACCUAGAAGGGAAAUCGAGCGAAAAGGGCUCCGAUCGGAAGGAAAGGGUCAUCAUUAACUUAUUUAGUAUCUAGGGACAAUCGAAACGAAAUAUUUAUUGAAAUGUGAUUCUUAGCGCACAGACACAAAAAAGAAAAGUACUGCCGAGCUAUCGUUAAGAUAAAAGCUAAACAACGAAAACACAACAACUUAAAAACGCAAACAUCACAUGCAAAAAUGUAAAACGUUUGUAGAAAAAAGCCGAAAAAAAAAUAAUAAAACGAAUGAAUGAAAACAAAA